AUUGGCCUUCAACGUCACAAGUUCUUUCACUGGAAGGAGAACAAGAAGAAAAAACCGACACAAAGAUCUAGUCCUAGCUAGAAUCAAACAGGGGCGAUCUCACCUUCAAGAACACAUCGCCAUGGCAAGGAACUUGCUUCUUGUGCUUUUUGCAGUAGCCACCCUCCUCCAUGGCUCAGCAGCCCAAACCAGACACAUGGUCGGUGAUGCCACGGGCUGGAUCAUCCCUGCUGGCGGCGCUGCCACCUACACCGCCUGGGCUUCCAACAAAACCUUCACCGUAAACGACACUCUCGUGUUCAACUUCGCCACCGGCCAACACAACGUGGCCAAGGUAACGAAAUCGGCUUUCGACGCGUGCAACGGCGGGAGCGCCGUUUUCACCUUGACCUCCGGUCCAGCGACCGUGACCCUGAACGAAACAGGGGAGCAAUACUACAUUUGCUCCGUUGGAUCACACUGUUCCGCUGGCCAGAAACUGGCAAUUAACGUUAACAGAGCUUCUUCUACCGGUCCUUCCCCUGCACCUCAACCCAGAGGAAGUGGUUCUCCACCAAGGGCUAGCCCUGUCCCCACACAAGCACCACAAGCCAGUAGCCCCACUCCUCCACCAAGGUCUGCACCAGCACCUGCUUUUGGUCCAUCCUCUGAACCAGCUACUUUCAUUGUUGGAGAAACCGCUGGCUGGAUUGUUCCUGGCAACGCUUCCUUUUACACAGCUUGGGCCUCUGGCAAAAACUUCAGGGUUGGAGACGUCCUUGUGUUCAACUACGCAUCAAAUACACACAACGUAGAGGAGGUUACAAAGGCCAACUUCGAUGCUUGCAGCUCAGCCUCUCCUAUUGCCACUUUCACCACUCCACCUGCGAGAGUGACCCUCAACAAAUCUGGUCAACAUUUCUUCAUCUGUGGAAUUCCAGGGCACUGUUUGGGAGGUCAAAAGCUUGCCAUCAACGUCACCGGCAGCAGCACCGCCACCCCACCUUCCGCCGCGGCCCCCCCCACCACUCCUUCUAGCCCUUCUCCAGCCGGUGCUGUCACUCCUCCCCCACAGAACUCUGGUGCUGCAUCUCUUGGAGUUGUUGGAGUAUUUGCCACCCUGCUUUCAGUUGCCGCCACUUUUUUCUAUUAGAUACUCCACGAGAUUAUUCUAGUCAGGAGCUUGCGAGUCAUCAUCAUCGCUCUUUGAUUGUGUUUCAUGAAUUCAGUUUUUUUCUUAUUUUUUUGAGGAUGACAAUAAAGUUAGCUUUAAUUUAAUUUCUCUUCAUCGGCUACAGUUUUGGUUUUUUGUUAUGUUUUUGAGUAAAAAUAAAUUGGUACGGUGUGAAUAUGUUAACAAGUGUAUUUCUUUGAUAGUUAACAUCGUUGUAUUACAGUGCAUAUAUUUGGAAUUGGAGAUAAAAAAUAUUUGUGACA